UACUUCAAAUUCACUCGACCACGACCACCGUAAAAUUACCUUCAGGUGAGAAAAACACAAUUACAGUAGAGUCAUCACUGCAUUGUAGUGUGUUUUUCGUACUUCAUUCAUCAGGUUAUCAGAUAAAAAUAAUGAAGUAACUUCUCGUUAUACUUGCUGGUAAUCGCUAAGUCGGAUUUUACGUUGAUUAUGUCAUUAAAUUGUAACAAACUCGACUAACAUGUUCACACAAUAAGGUCACACCCGGUGUGCAAUUAGUAUCGGUGUUACUAGUGAUUUAUUACUGCAAAAUGUCUGCUAAAGAAACAGUGGUCAGUAGCAUUACGUUGCCGGACAAUAUCCAAGUAUUCCGGAAUCUGAAAACAGCCAAGAGAUUUGCUAUCGAUAUAGGUGGGUCUUUGACGAAAAUUGCGUACUAUUCGAUCGUUCAAUACCGUAGACCUUCCAUUCUAGAUAGGACCAGUGAGAGUUCUGAAGAAAACUUCGAAAAUGAACAAUUCACGUACACGUAUUCGGAAGGAGCUCGACUACAUUUUGUUAAAUUUGAAACCAAGUAUAUCGCCGAAUGUCUUAAUUUUAUCGGAGCUCAUUUGGUCAAUAGUCACGAUGAAAUGAAAGGUAAAUGUAUCAAAGCUACCGGAGGAGGAGCUCACAAAUACGCCGAUUUGAUCCAGGAGAAAUUAGGACUCUCAGUCGAUAAAGAAGACGAAUUACCGUGCUUAAUCAAAGGAUGUAAUUUUUUAUUGAAAAAUAUCAGCGAUGAAGCUUUCGUCUAUCAUCGUAAUGGCAAUCCAGAGUACGAAUUUCAGACCGCUCAUACUAACAUAUUUCCAUAUCUAUUGGUCAAUAUUGGUUCAGGAGUUAGCAUAUUAAAAGUGGAAUCGGAAGAAAAAUACGAACGAAUUGGAGGUACUGCCACCGGAGGUGGUACAUUUUGGGGAUUAGGAUCGUUACUAACUAAAGCCAAAGGUUUCGACGAAUUGCUGCUUUUAGCUGAAAAAGGAGAUCAUCGAAAAGUUGAUCUUUUGGUACGUGAUAUCUACGGCGGAGAUUGCACCAAAUCGCUCGGAUUACCUCCUGAUAUUAUUGCAUCUUCUUUCGGCAAAGUUUGCCAAAGACCUGAUAAUCAGGAGGCUAUCUCGAAGGAAGAUCUAGCUAGGAGUUUAUUAUUUACCAUAAGUAAUGAUAUCGGACAAAUUGCUUCGUUGUACGCCAUGAUGAACAAUUUAAAAAAGGUCUAUUUCGGCGGCUAUUUUCUGCGAAACCAUCCUCUAAGCAUGCAUACGAUUUCCUACUCGAUUAAUUACUGGUCUCGAGGUUCUGUUCAGAGUUUAUUCCUUAGACACGAAGGUUACCUGGGAGCAAUCGGAGCUUUCCUCAAGGGAGCAGAAGAAUGGGAUGGUGAUCAGUAUUCGUGGUUAGAGAAUUACGCUGGAAGCAGUGGCCUGAGAACGGGUUCGGUGAUGUUGGACAAUAACGUACUGGUUCAUCAGCUGGAGUUGGAUCGAUGGGAACCGGCGCUGACGUAUUGUCCUUUGCUUAAAAAUCCGGCUGAUUAUGUACCCGAUACGGUGGACUUGAAUUCCGAUCAAGAGGCGAGAGAAUAUUGGCUGAAAUGUUUCGAAGAAAAAAUAGAUACUUUUGUACGCUGCGCUAUAGCAAGUCAACCCGAAAAUAGCACUGCUCAAGAAAGAGCCGAAAUGUUCAAAGAUAAAUAUAUCACGAGGCUGCAUCAUUUGAAAAUACAACCUUUCGCUUAUGGCAAUUUGACAGUGCGAAGUUUACUGGACACCAUUGAACAUUACUUGAGAGAAUUUGAUUUCCCAGAUCCAUUUUUACUCCAAAGACAACAAGAAAAUGAAUACGCGUUGAUGUUCUUACUCAAACGUUUGCAAGAAUUAGAUGUAAUGGAAUUCAAGCCACGUCAAGUCGAACUCAUUGUCGGAUUUUUAGCCGGUAAUAUUUUCGAUUGGGGAGCCAAAGAAGUAGCGAAAAUUUUAGAAAGUCAAGAAUUCGGUUUCCAAGAAGCUCGUUCCAAAAUACCACCAAGACCUUGGUUAGUUGAUAAUCUUGACCGGUGGAUUGAGCGAAUGCAGACACAGCCUUACCAAAAAGUAGCCAUAUUUGUCGAUAACAGCGGAGCUGAUAUUGUCCUUGGGGUGAUACCGUUUGCUAGAGAACUUCUAAAACAUGGCACCAAAAUCGUCCUUUGUGCUAAUUCAGCUCCAGCUUUGAAUGACGUUACACAAAACGAACUGAUCAUUUUGGUGAGGAAAAUAUCGGUCAUGUGUCCGAUCAUUGAAGAAGCAUACAAUCAGAAAAAUCUUAUAAUCAUGGAGAAUGCGCAGGCAGGACCUUGUUUAGAUCUAAGUCGUCUCGGGAAAGAACUAGCCGAAGAAAUGGAAACGGUCGAUUUAAUCGUUAUCGAAGGUAUGGGACGAGCAGUACAUACCAAUUUGGAUGCUGAAUUCAACUGUGAUAGCUUGAAAAUAGCCGUUAUCAAGAAUACCUGGCUAGCGAAUCGUCUAGGUGGUAAAAUGUUCUCUGUUAUAUGCAAAUACGAAAGCUCGACCGAUUAAUAUACGAACAACAGCUGAUUCAAGUAUUUCAAUUGACGUAAAGAUCGACUCUUGAAUUGGGCUUGGCCCGACGGUGUUUUCAUAAUUUUGUUUAAUAUUGUUGAUGGGUAUUUUUAUAUCUCCUAUUUUAGCAUUCCUUUUUUUUUCGCCCUUGUAAUUCGUCCUACAUUCAUUUCGAGACUUUAACUGGCAAUGAGAUGUGUUCAGUUGUUCAAGAUGAAGGUUCAUUGCGACAAAUAUUCCACAAUUCGUUAACCGCGAGUCGGAAUCACUUGUUUUUAUACCAAAAUCAAAAUUUUCCAUUUUUUUAAAACUUUGUUGUUGUUGUUUAUUUUUAAUUACCUAUCUAUUUACUUGAUACAUAUGUUUAGUAACGAAUAAUAAUUACUUACGAUACGAAAUACGAAUGGACGACGGAAUGUCAAUUAAAUUACCUACAAUGAUUGUUUCGUAUUUUAUCUUAAUUAGAUUCUUCUACGUGCAUAUGAUAUACGGGUGAUUGUUAUUUAUUUAAAAAAAAAUUAAGUCAAUAAAUUGUAUCGAAAUUUAGAGAAA